AUGCCCAGGCUCAGUGCAGCUGCUCCCAACAGCUAUGCGUACAUGAAUGAGGCCAACAUUGGAGAGAAGAACUGGAAGAAACUCUGUUACGUCCCGAACUACCUGGAGCUAUUGCGUCUCAAGAGAAAAUGGGAUCCAGAGCACCGCCUGUAUGCUGUGACGGGUGUUGGGAGCGAUGAAUGGGGACUCCGGGCGGACGGCCGUCUCUGCAAGGCUACGUUUUCAUUCAUCGUGUUCAUCGGAAAUGUUGCCAUUAUUUUCAGGCUUGGGGGAUUUUUGUACGCUUGGCAUCGUCAUGCGAAUAUUUUGGAAGGGGGGGUUGGAAGAGGAAAAACUGUCUUACCAACGGACGAGCUAUGCAUGACCAACAUGGCCCCGGCGACAACUCGUAUAUCAUUGUACUGA